AUGGCGUCCAUUACGACUCGUCAGGGCAGGAGGUGUACGGCAGUGCCGAAAUUAGUACAUAUCGAAGCAGUUUUUAGUUCGACAUCGGCAUCGACAUCGACAUCGACGUCGUCAUUGGAAACAUCUUCAUCGAGUUCAACUUUAACUUCAACUUCAACUUCAUCUUCAAAUUUAACUUCAUCUUCGUCAUCAUCUUCCAUAUCUAGUUCGACUGCGUUCAAUGCUCCACCCGCAAUUGCGAACCCGGCCCAAGAGGAAACUCUCCUCCCUCCGGAAAUAUUCCCAAGCUCAACAAGCACCAUAGAAGCGCAGCCGUCAGCAGACUCAGACUCGGCUAUUCCAACAGCGCUUCCCGCGCCAGCCAUAACCGGCACUGAUGAAGCCUCUUCUUCAACUGCUCUCCUUAUCGACACGGCUUCUACUCCGUUCCCUACUCAACCAGAUGCGCAAGUGUCAAGUUCAGCGGGGCAGGAUGAUAAUCCUGUACAACCGACAUCCUCAUUAUUUGAACAGCCGGUAGACUCUUCCCCAUUAACCAGUUCUGUUGAAAAUAUUUCAUUACCGACGAUAGGGAUAACGCAGGCUUCUAGUUCCUCGGCAGAGACGGGGAUAAGAGGGACAGAGUUGCCAAGUACCCAAAAGGCAGCAACUAGCAGUGCUAUGACUACGGGGCAGACGAUAGCCAUAGCUGCUGGGAUAGCUGGCGGAGUCAUGGCAAUUUCGUUUCUAGUAUUCAUCAUUUGGUUCUGGCGGAAGAGGAAGCAAGAACGGAGGAAUAGCAUGUUGUCGCCUAUGUCCCCGAGGGCAACAUUCCGCGACGAGAAGAGACCUUAUCUCAUAAGCCGGACGUCUUUGGGUCCAACACCACUCCCCGAGAAGCUCUGGGCGACCGUCGAGGGUAUAUAUAGAAGACUGCGUGGACGGGUUGGCAACAUUGUGACGCGUAGCAGUAGUCCGAGCCCAAGCGUUAACCUUGACCGCGGGAAUUCCCAAUUUGGUCUACCCAAGCCAGCACACAGCCGAAACAAUUCGAACACAAAACCACCAACUAGCAAGGACCGUCCCGUAGAUUGGUGGGGCCGGUUAACGGAGGAUGAGAAUUCUAACUGGAAACUACGUCGCGAGUCGAAGAACGAUGGGCCUCCACUUGGUUUACAACCCGGGCGAGAAUUAGAAAAGGCCCAAGGAAGUGGUGUAAACGGCAAUCGGCGUCGCUCAACAUCCGUGAGCAACGAGCACCAUUUCCUCAGUGGCCUAGGAUUAGAUUUCGAUUCGGCUGACCCCUUUUCCGAUGUAAACGCCAUAGGCAACAAUACGGCCAAGGCUACGCCUCUGGUAGUUUCCGCGGCCAAUAACCCAUUUUCGGAUUCUCAUGCUAUCGGGGCCCCGUCGGGUGUCGUAAAUGGAGGGGUCGCAACAUACGUGCAACAUUCCCGACACUCCCACAGCCACAGCGUAAAUGGUAGCAUCAGCCGCCAGACGAGUAACGCUAGCUACCGCACGAGCGUCGGCACCGUCGGCACUCGACGCAACAGGUUCCGCUCCGACCCGUUUGAUUUAGAUCGCCCGGAUUUUCUACGGAGCGCCAACUCUAGCAUGGACGCUACCGCGGGAUGGGGCAGCAGAACCAGUCGCAGUAGCACUAAUUUCGGGAGUGUACCUCAUGCUCCGCAGCAAGCCCAUGUGAGGAAUGCAAGCUUCACGUCGAAAUACUCGAGCGGCGUAAGCACCAUGGACUGGAGCGAUCCGGGGCCAGAUAUUGGUCCGGUAGUUGGGCGAUACACACUAAGUCCUGGUAGCCAACCAGAGCGACGGAAUUCCGACAGACAAAGCGGCAAGAGCCAGGGUAGCGUAGGCAAGGCCCUAUAG